AUGGAUGAAGAGCAAAGGGCUGAAAAAGAAACUACGACUUUGGGUGAAGAAGAAGUAACAACUUUGGCUGAAGAAGAAGUCAUGACUACGGACGAGGAAGAGAGAGUUAAUGUUGGUGAAGGAGAGAAGACUCUCGGAGAGAAAGAUGCUGGUGAUAAACAUUGGAAUGAAGAAAGAAGUGUUGAAUCUGAUGAAAAUCCUUCACUUGAGGGAGAUGAUUGUGAAGUUAUAGUUGAAGAUAGAGCUGGUUAUAAGGAGUAUGAUCCAGUUCUGCGAUCAGAUGAGAACGAGUUUGUCGAUGUAGAAGAAGACUCUACACAGCUUGGAGAAAGAGCUUCUCAAAGAUCAUCACAAGUCCAAGAUUCUCAAGCAUCACAAGGAUUUGGUUUCUCUUGUUAA